AUGACACCAGAGCAGCAGCAUUUAUCUCUAACAGUCCCUGAUAAUUUGUGUUACAGUGAGCAAGUGCAAUUAAACGAUGAUUUACGACUUAAAUUAAUGGAAUAUCUAGCUGAAUGCUGUAAUACGUCCUUUUGUCAACAGCAGCACUCAUUAAGCAUUAAUAGUAGCGAUCACAGUAAUAAUUUGUCGCAACAGCAACAACAUUCGAAGCUGCGUCAUAAGCAUAGGCACUCCAUCUUCAUAGCUGAUAACUUGAAGAAGUUCAAUAUUCAUUCCUUUGAAACGGCAGCUGAAAAGGAAAACUGUAGCAAGAGCGGUGCCUGGGUUAAUUGCUAUUUAUUGGCAAGAGACAAGUUGGUUGUGGAAUGUCGGAAUGAAGCUUCCUCUCAGCAAAUUGAUACGUCCGAGCCAUUUCUAUACUUUAUAAAAGUGCUGGCGAACAAUUUUUUGCAGGAAAAGCAAGAAUAUGGCCAUACAAACAGGCACAACCUUAAUCAUACAACCCCACAGAAUAUAGCACGUUCGAGUUCUUUAUCAACAAUUCAACAAAAUGCAACAUUUUUCUCGAAUACUACGACAGCUGAUUACUCAAAGAACAAUAGUAAUUCCACUAUCAAUACUAGUGCUAUUACCGACUCAGGAUCCUCCUUAUCAAUAAAAUCAAGAAAUUCGUCUUUCAACACUUUGAAUAAUGCUAGCCAACCCUCUUCCUUGACUUAUAUGUAUGCAGGCAGCAAUAGUAGCAAUGCACCCUUUAAGAUAAAGGAAAAAUCAGCUUCUUCAGUUACAGUAAUUGCACCUGAAUCAAGUUCUAUUCCCUAUUGGAGCAACCCUUUCGCGUCGUCGGUUUCGUCAUCCAAUUAUAGCAACUAUACACAUCAACAUCAUAUACCCUCGUUAAACAGAACACCUUCGAAUGUUACGACGAUACCACAAGAUCAACAUAUUCAGCAGUUACUUAUAUCUGAUUUACUCAAUAUUGACAAUAAUUUUAAUAACCAUUAUCAUCCCCAAUAUAAUACAAUCAGUUCAUCCUCAUAUCUAUCGAGUAGUUUACCUUCAGACACUACUAUUACAAGUAGUCUCAAUUCGACAAAUACUGUUACAACAACAACGCAGCUUAAUGACAAUAUGUCUGUCCUAUCAACUCUAUCGCCUAUUCAACGAUCCAGAUCACAUAGCCUUACUACCGCUACUAGCAAUGCCACGAACACAUCAACGAAUAACAAUGAAGAUUUGUCUCUAAGAUACCUUUUAACGAAUCUUGUAAAUAAUGAAAUAAGCUACUCUGAUCAAAUAGAAGAUGUACGCUUACUCAAACGCUGGGUUAAGUUGAUCGAUAACGGUACCAAUAGUAGUAGGUUAUUCUAUGCAAAUAUUCUACUAAUCAUACUGAGUGAAGGAUUGAGUAGCGUUAUCAUAUUUGGUGACAAUCCACAACAAGCACAGAUGUUGAAUAAAGGCUUUUUAUCCCCUUCCGAUUCUGUCAAUACAACCAAAGCUAGUUGGAAACCGUUGCCAGUUCAAGUGAAAAUGUUUAAGAAGAACUUCAGGAGUUACUUAAAAGAUUUCGAAGCCUUUCUUUUGACGAAGGAAUCAACUCAUUUCACUAUCUUAUCAUUUGCAAUCAAUUAUCCGGGUUUAAUUCAUUUUGUACAUUUUGAUUACGAGAAAGGCUUGAUGACAGCGCCUCUUUUAAUUGAUUUAAAUGAUCUCGAUAAAAGUCAUGAACUAUUACAUCAAAUCUACGAGAAGUAUCGGUAUACAGAUCGUCAAUGGAUAUGGCCCAGCGAGCCUAGAUUAAAGAAACUGGUAAUGUUGCUGCAUAUCAAAAAAUGA